AAAGCCUCCAGUGUGUAUUUGGAACGACACGUCUGUGCAGAUGGAUGGAGAGAUUAGGCCGAACAUUUCCUGCUUCGUUCGCCCCCUUUAGCACGCACACUGGAAGCUCGAAGGAAGUUCAGCUUCGGGCCACAAUGCUAGAAUCUUCGCGUCCGCCGGUUGUGAGUGUCGGAAUGUUUUGUAUGCUCGCGUCGUUGCUGUUUUUCCGCAGAAAAUGUUGCGAAUAGCGUCGCAGGCGUCGUAGCUCCGCCCUUGUACCACCACCGCCGCCGCAGUUCCACCUCGGAAAGCCUUGGAGCGUUUGCGUUGGGACUGUACGUAAAAUCAACAAAGUGUUUAACAGCAUACAUCUGGAGUUUUUUUAUUUUAAAGUUAUAACGUCGUGGAUUGCUUCUAACAUGGAUUAAAAAAAAAAAAAAAAAAAAAACGGUCACGCACAAACGUCCGCACCAUGAUUCGGACGGUACCCAGCGGUUUACUCGCCAAAGCUCGGUGCUGGGAUGCCGACAGUGAGAGGUCCUACCAGGACCUGUUCGAGAGGCUCGAUGCAAAUAAAGACGGCAAGGUGGACGUGGCCGAACUGCGGGCGGGCUUGAAGGCGAUGGGAGUGUUCCGACAAGGUGCUGCUCAGAAAAUUGUGAUGAGCGGUGACCAGAAUAAGGACGGCAGUCUGGACUUCCACGAGUUUACCAAAUAUUUGAAGGAGCACGAGAAAAAACUGCGCCUGACGUUUAAGAGUCUGGACAGAAACAACGACGGGCGCAUUGAUGCCACUGAGAUCCAGCAGUCCCUUGCAGAACUGGGCUUGGAGAUCAGCAAAGUGGAUGCCCUGAAAAUCCUGCAGAGCAUGGACAUCGACGGUACCAUGAUGGUGGACUGGAACGAGUGGAGGGAUCACUUCCUGUUUCACCCCGCUCACAACCUGCAGGAGAUCAUACGCUACUGGAAACACUCCUCGGUGCUGGAUAUUGGUGACAGCCUUGCCAUCCCUGAUGAGUUCACCGAGGAGGAGAAGAGCUCAGGCGGUUGGUGGAAGCAACUGGUCGCAGGCGCUGCGGCGGGUUCCGUCUCUCGUACCGGUACGGCUCCUCUGGAUAGAUUGAAGGUUUUCAUGCAGGUUCACUCCACUAAAACCAACAAAAUAAGCCUGGCAAGGGGAUUCAAGCAAAUGAUUGUUGAGGGAGGUAUAACUUCACUGUGGAGGGGCAACGGCAUCAAUGUUCUAAAGAUCGCUCCUGAGACAGCCAUUAAAUUCAUGGCAUAUGAGCAGUUUAAGAAGAUGCUUUCAUCAGAAGGUGAAAAAAUUGAGACGCACAAAAGGUUUCUGUCUGGCUCGCUGGCUGGAGCAACUGCACAGACCGCCAUUUACCCCAUGGAGGUAUUAAAGACUAGACUGACACUGCGAAAAACUGGCCAGUAUUCAGGAAUGUUUGAUUGCGGCAAGACAAUCCUGAAGAAAGAGGGUGUCAAGGCCUUCUACAAGGGCUACAUUCCAAACUUAGUCGGCAUUAUUCCCUACGCCGGGAUAGACCUCGCUGUUUAUGAGAGUCUGAAGAACGCGUGGCUAUCGUACCACACCAAAGAUUCAGCUAAUCCUGGAGUUCUUGUGCUGCUGGGAUGCGGGACCAUUUCUAGUACCUGCGGACAGCUGGCCAGCUAUCCCCUUGCGCUCGUACGCACGCGCAUGCAAGCAACAGCGUCCCUGAACGCUUCAGACCAGCCCACCAUGAGUUCCCUUCUAAAGAAUAUUGUGGCCAAAGAUGGCUUUUUUGGACUCUACCGAGGAAUCCUGCCCAACUUUAUGAAAGUCAUUCCGGCUGUCAGCAUCAGCUACGUCGUUUAUGAAUACAUGAAGAUUGGUUUGGGGAUCAGCAAAUAACACGGGAAGCCAACGAGUGUGGACACGCUGUAUUAAGCUGGAUGACCUGAGAUGACUGGCAUGAUGUGGCAUGACUUCCACCAGUUUACGCUGGACCCCUGUGGUCAGACAGAUGUACUGUAUUGCACUAAGGAUGGUCCGUUAAUGUCUUAAAUAUGAAUUAUUUAUACUUUAAGCAUGCUUCCUUGUCUUCCUGCUACUGAGAAAGACACUCAAAAUGUGCAGGCUGUACUUGACAAUACUUGACUCAAGAGACUGAACUGUACGUGAAUGCAAACAUUAAACUGUGAAAAUACAAAACCAACAGGUCGUCUAAUUUGCCAUAUGUUUACCAAGCUCAAUGCUGGUUAAAUUUAUUGGAAAUUGCUCAUCCCACAUUGGACCUCAAAAUUGGAAAAAUUAAAUCAGGGUUGAUUUGUGGUGAAAACAGGCUACAAAAAAUGAGAUGUGUGUUGAUACAGAUUUCUGUGACUGCCUCACAGAAAAUCAACAGUGUUCUACAUGUGACAUCACUGUUGGUUUUUCCAAUUCAUUUACUGUACCAGCAUAGUUCAUGCACAACUUUACCAGUGUUGUGCUCAUACAACCUCACACACUAUAAACUUGCGAUAUUUUCAACAAAUGAACCUGUGUUUUGUUGCUCAUAUCAUGUAAAAGACAACAUGUACAUUAAAACUUUUUUUUGUUGUUGAA